AAUUUGAACUGUGUCAGCGUGUGCGUGUGUGUGAGUGAGUGUGGGAAGUUAUAAAGAGAACAAAGUAAUAAUUUGAAAAGUUAAAGCGCUGCAGCUGCUCAGAGUAUUGUCAAAAUCUGAAGACCCACAACCAUGGCCAAGGUUAUAUCGCAGGAUACCUUCGACGAUGUGGUCAAGGAGAACGUGGUGGAGUUUUCCAUGACGCCCUCGGAGGCGAAAGAGGAAACCAUCAAGCAAUUCGAGGCCCAGGGCAUUAACCUGGCCAACAUCAUCAAGGAUCUGUCCAUCAAUCCCCAAACGGGGCAGCCGGUAAUCAACGAAACUGUGGACAAGAUUAAGGAGCACAUUGGCCAGAAAACAGAGGAUACUACCCAGCUGCUAGAACACCUUGCCACCUUGGAUGCCGAGUGUCAGAAGUCCUUGGCGCACCGAGUCCUAGCUGGCAAAAACGGAGCACACGAUGCUCUGAUCACUCUCCUGGAGGAAUCCCUUGCCUCGAAUUCGCUUAAUGAAACCCUUGUUAAGAAGUGCCUGGAGGCGGUGAACAGCCUGACCCACAAGCAGCCGGAUCUGUUUGAUGCCGAGGCAAUGGCCGUUGUUCUUAAGUUGCUGGCCCUUAAAGUGGAGAGCCAGGACAUCAUUCUGCUCACGCUUCAGUGGCUACAAAAGGCCUGCAUCAUGCACGAGAUGAACCGUCAGAAUAUCAUGAAUACUCCCGCCCUCAAGCUGCUGAAACCUCUUCUGACCAAGGGAAAUGAGCGUAUGAUACGCGAGCUGACUGCCGUGUUCAGAUUCCUGGUGCUGGACGACGACAUUCGCGUGGAGUUUGGCUGCGCCCACGAACACGCCCGUCAGAUUGCCGGCGAAGUGCUACUUCCACUGGUGGAACUUCUACCGGCCUACCAGGACCCUAAUGUGCUGGCCGAUUUGCUGCUUACCAUUGGAACACUGGCUGUGCGACAAGAACUUUGCACAGCCAUUGAUGAGGCUGGUGGCCUGAAGGCCGUGUUUGAGAUCAUGAGCUUGAACCUAGACGAAGUGCGUUUGAAUAGGGAGGCCCUGAAGUUGCUGCGAGCCCUGGCUGGUCAUGACUCCGUUAAAGCACACAUUGUUCAGCAGGGCGUAGCUCCCAUUAUUAAACAACUUUUGGAAACGCACGAGGCCAAUGAGAACAUAGUGGCCGCCGCUCUGGCCUGUGUGACAACGCUAACACUUCGGGUGAAGGAGCACAGCUCCGCCUUCUUUGAGACUGGCAUUGCAGAAGUGAUCGUGGAGGCAAUUCGCGCCCAUCCCAAGCACAAGAUCGUCCAGCGAAAUGGAGCCUGGGCCAUCCGUAACAUGGUUUCGCGAUCGCGUAACCAAUGCGAAACCUGGAUCUCCUUUGGCGUAGAGGAUCUUCUAAAUACGGCCAUGAAGGAGCACCCCAGCGUGGAGCAGGACAUCAAAGCCGCUCUACGGGAUCUCGGCUGCAGUGUCAACUUGCGCGAGGAGUGGACGGGAACGGCGGAGAAGAAGAUCGCUGCUUAGUCGCACAUUUGCCUUUUUGUAUUUUUAUAUAUAUUAACCGCUAACUUAUUAUUAGAGCUUAAUCCAUGCAUUGGCUAACUAACAAAAUCGGCAAUCCUCAAUAGCAAUCGCACGCUAAUACCCAA